AUGGGGGCCCCUGUGGAAGAGGUAAUCCUGUCACACCUGGCCUUAACAUGUGCUUUACUUCUGGCCAUUCUCGCUGCCAUCCGCUGGUACAUCAGAGACUCUUACAAGGUCGACGGCUUCAACCAGAAGCAUGUGUUCGUCACAGGCUGUGACAGCGGCUUUGGGAAUCUGCUGGCCAGACAGCUGGAUGAAAGGGGUUUCCACGUCAUAGCUGCAUGUCUCACAGAGAAAGGUGCAGCAGAUUUGGCAGCAUCUGCCUCCUCCAGACUGAAGACCUUCCUGCUGAAUGUUACAGACAGUGCGAGCAUCAGGAAGGCGGUGGAGUUUGUGAGCAAAGAGGUCAAGGAGCGAGGCCUGUGGGGUCUGGUGAACAAUGCCGGCAGGUCCAUACCCAUCGGCCCAACAGAAUGGAUGCAUCUGGAGGAUUUCACAAAGGUUUUGGAUGUGAAUCUGAUAGGAGUUAUUGAUGUGACGCUCCAGUUCCUGCCACUGCUGAAAAAGGCCCAGGGCAGGGUGGUUAAUGUGGCCAGUGUCCUGGGUAGACUGUCUCUCACUGGUGGAGGGUACUGCAUAUCCAAAUGGGGAGUGGAAGCCUUCUCCGACUGCACCAGGAGGAACAUGCAGCAAUUUGGCAUCAAAGUGAGCAUUAUCGAGCCGGGUUUCUUCAAGACUGCUGUCACCCAGCUGGAUCUUAUUGAAGGUGACCUGAAGAGGCUGUGGAACCGCCUCCCCCAAGAUGUCAAAGACUCUUAUGGAGCUACAUACAUUGAUGACUAUAUGAAGUCUCAAGACAUCUGCAUGCAAAUCUUGUGCAGUUCAGAUAUCUCUAAGGUGACCUGGUGUAUGGAGCAUGCGCUCACAGCUCGCUUCCCACGCACACGUUAUAGUGCUGGCUGGGAUGCUAAGCUUUUUUGGAUUCCUCUGUCUUAUCUCCCUUCAUUUGUGUCAGACUUUCUUAUGACGGUGCUUCUUCCUUUACCUAAGGGUGACAGAAAAGUCUAGCUCUGUGAAAUAGUUUGUAUGAUGACAUUUUGCUGUCCAAAGUGUAUGUAUGCAUGGAAACCGGCAGCCAAAAGUGAUAAAAUCAAGUAUAUUGUGACAAUAUGGUAAAAAAAAAAGUGUCAAGACUGUGUUACAAAAUAGGAAAUUUAUUCAUUCAUGUCUCACCAGCAGCAAUUUAAACCAUAUGGGCAUGUUGUGGAUGAUCACAGAUACAGUUUUUAUUGUCCUCAUUACAGUACAAAAUAAAUCAUUCUGUGAAGUUAA